AUGGCAUCAUUUUCAGGACAGAGUCGGGUUAUUAAUCCUGGUCCAGAAGAUUCAUCACUUCUUCGGUUUCAGAGUAUUCAUGUUUCUGAGCAUGUUUGGGAUGGACGUAAUCACCCGACGUUGAGGGUCAGGAAAAGUCAAAAUAUUUCUGGUGGACUAGAGGGUGUUCUUGAAGAAAUUAUUCCUCAUCUGGAGUUAGCAGGGUUUAUUGGAGUGGCUAACUUAUCCCAGUUUCUCCUAGAUGUGGGGUUGAUUACUGCAUUAGUGGAGAGGUGGAGGCCUGAGACGCAUACCUUCCACAUGUCCCCUGAAGAGUGUACUAUUACUCUUCAAGAUGUUGCAAUCCUGUUAGGAUUACGUAUAAUUAGGAGACCAGUUAUAGCACCUACUGGAGGUGAUUGGGCGCAGAUUGUGGAAGACAGCUUAGGUAUCAGACUAGGACCUGAGCAUUUUGUAGGGAGUUUCUUGAAGAUAAGCUGGUUAGACAUCCACUUUACUCAUAUUAGUAUGCAUAAUCACAGUCCUAUGCAGAUUACUCGAUUUGCUAGGGCAUAUAUAUUGAGGCUUAUUAGAGGGUUCAUUCUUGCUGAUCACUCUAGCAGUAGGGUAUCUAUUAGAUACUUACCUUUACUUGAAGAUUUUGAGUUGACCGGUCAAUAUAGUUGGGGCUCAGCAGUUCUAGGUUAUUUGUACCGAGAGCUAUGCAUGGCCACUAACAUUGAUCAUGUUGCUAUUGGAAGACUUGCUGCGUUGGUUGUGAUGUGGGCUUGGGAUAGAUUUCCUGAUAUAGCACCUAGUAAACCCCCCUAUACACGUCUCAAUCUUCCGUAUGGUGUCAGAUGGUUGUCACAAGGAAUGAGGAAAGGAAGGAAAGAUGUACAGUACUACAGAUAUCUCUUUGAUCGUAUUAUAUUGGUGCUAUACAACAUGGAACUUAUCAACAUGCUUCCACCCAUCUGUAGAGACGGUAUAGAUUUAUGGAGGGCGGUUGUGCCACUUAUAUGUUUUCAAGUUUGUGAGUGGCAUCAACCUGACCGAGUGAUGCGUCAGUUUGGUAUGGUUCAGCAUAUACCAAGGGCUCCUUAUCAGCCUGACCAGCUUCAUGACCUUACCCAUAGAGGAAAGACUGGAGAAAAUUGGUCAGCAAAAUUCGGUGCUAUUUUAGAUAUUUGGGAGAGUAGACGCUUGUGGGUUAUGGCUAAUGAGAUGCAGUAUGGAUUACUCAGUUCUAAUUCAGAAUACAUGCGAUGGUAUAUUACUCACACUCGUCGUUGA